AUGAAUUUAAUGAAGAAGUGUAAGAGAGUAUGGGGAAGCAGCAAGAGAUUGUAUGAUCCACAAGACACUACUGGCAGUGGUAGUGGAAGCUAUGGCAAAUUAUCAGACAAGUGUCACAAAAAGCAAAAAGAUAAUACUAAGAAACCACCAAAUGGCUGUCUUUGUGUUUACGUUGGACCUGAGAGACAGAGAUUCGUAAUCAAGAUCAAAGUAUUCAAUCACCCUUUGUUCAAAAUUCUUUUGGAAGGUGUUGAGAAUGAAUAUGGUUAUAGAAAUGAUGGUCCUCUAUGGCUUCCAUGUGAUGUUGACUUGUUCUAUGAAGCACUUGUGGAGAUAGAGGGUCACAAACAUAGUUCAGUUUCGCAAUAUUCUCCAUUGUCUUGUCGUUCUAACUUCAGUAACUUGGGUUCAUGUGAUGCCAAUUACGAGGUUUUGGUAUAA